AUGCGGGGGCUGCUGCGCGGCUGCUGGCCCCCCCGGCUGCUGCUGCUGCUGCUCCACUGCGGCUUCCAGGUACCGUCUGGCCCCGGCCGUGGUGGGGCGCCGCCACCGGGCUGGGCUCCGCCGGGCGGUCCCGAGUCUCACUCUGUGCCGUUCUGUGUGCAGGUGCAUCCGGCCCUCUGCAGGUCCCAGGCCCACCCAGGGUUCGAGGUCCUGCUCACCGCUUCCCACUACUGGCCCCUGGCGCCCGUGGACGGCAUCCGCGAACUUCAGGAAACGACCGGAGCAUGGCCCGCGCACAACCUCACUGUGCUCCCCUCCCAUAACACUGCCUUUGUGCCCAACAACGACUCCGCCUACUCCAACGCCUCCGCCACCGUAGACCUCGUGGAGGGGAAGGUGAGCAAGGGCAUCUACCUCAAGGGGGAGAAGGGCAUCACGCUGCUGUACGACGAGAGGCGCCGGACCUCCUGCCUGAGCAACCUGGCCCGGUGCGGCCCCGAAGGGGUCACCUUCUCUUUCUUCUGGAAGACCCAAGGCGCGCAGUCCCCGCUGGCCUCCUCUGCGUACGGCGGGCAGGUCAUUUCCGACGAGUUCAAGAUCUGCUCCAGUGACGGCAAGGGCUCCGUGGAGCUGUACGCGCGGGACAACUUCAUGACGUGGGAGGCCACCUUCAGCCCGCCAGGCCCCUACUGGACGCACGUCCUGUUCACCUGGAGGUCCAAGGAGGGCCUGAAGGUCUACGUCAACGGCACCCUGAGCGCGGCGGACCCCCGCGGGAAGGUGUCCCACGCCUACGGGGAGCCCGGCGCCAACCUGGUGAUCGGCUCGGGGCAGGACCGCAGCAGGUGCUACGAGAACGGGGCUUUCGACGAGUUCAUCAUCUGGGAGCGGGCGCUGACGCCGGAGGAGGUCGCCCUGUACUUCUGGGCGGCCGUAGGAAAGCACGGCGGGCCGUCCCCGACACCGCCCAGCCUCCUCGUCACGCCCACGGCCGGCGCCCUGGUGCCCACCGACGCCUACCGCCCCGUCAUCACCAACCUGACGGAGGAGUGGAGAAGCUUCCAGAACCCCGGGGUGGUGCUGAACUACCUGCAGAACGUGUCCCUCAGCUUGCCCGACAAAAGCCUCUCCCCGGACACGGCGCGGAACCUGACCGAGACGUUCCUGCGGGCAGUGGGGAAGCUGCUGCUGCUGCCCAGCUGGACGGCCGUGUCUGAGGACGACGCCGUGGUGCCGGGCCUGGUGGACACCGUGGACACCGUCAUGCGGCACAUCUCCUCCAACCUGCACACUGACAGGUCCCUGGUCUCCUUCCAGGGCUCCUCCUCCUUGGCAGAGUUCUCCGUGGCCAAGCUCCCGCCCAAGACCUUGAACUUCUCCCACUACCGCUUCCCAGCCCAGGGCCCCAGCUACAUCGAGAUCCCGCACGAGGCCUUGCGCAGCCACGACUGGACCACCGUCGUGGGCCUGCUCUACCACACGAUGCACCGCUACCUGAGGAGCAUCCGCCCGGACAGCACCAGGAUCGCCGAGGCAGCGGCUCACCAGGGCUGCCUGCUGUCCGCCGCCAGCCACCUCAUCUCCCUGGAGGUCGCCCCGCCGCCCGAGCUCUCCCAGAACCUGUCGGCCUCUCCGCUGGUCACCGUGCGUCUGGCGCACAAUUUGACGGACAGGCAGCACCGCCAGGCCGCCAACGAGAGCAACCGCGUCUUCCUGUACUGCGCCUUCCUGGACUUCAGCUCCGGGCAGGGCGUCUGGUCGAACGAGGGCUGUGUCCUGGCCAAAGGGACCCUGGGCCACUCCGUCUGCCUGUGCACGCACCUCACCAACUUCGCCAUCCUCAUGCAGGUGGUCCCGCUGGAGCUCACGCGCGGACACCAGGUGGCGCUCUCGUCCAUCAGUUACGUCGGCUGCUCCCUGUCCGUGCUCUGCCUGGCGGUCACGCUGGUCACCUUCGCCAUGCUCUCCUCCGUCAGCGCCAUCCGGAACCAGCGCUACCACAUCCACGCCAACCUGUCCUUCGCCGUGCUGGUGGCCCAGGUCCUGCUGCUCGUCAGCUUCCAGUGCCAGCCAGGCACGGUCCCCUGCCGGGUGCUGGCUGUGCUCCUGCACUUCUUCUUCCUCGGCGCCUUCGCCUGGAUGCUGGUGGAGGGCCUGCACCUCUACAGCAUGGUGGUCAAGGUCUUCGGCUCGGAGGACAGCAAGCUCCGCUACUACUACGGGAUAGGCUGGGGUCUCCCUCUUCUGAUCUGUGUCAUCUCGGUGUCCUGCGCCGUGGACAGUUACGGGACCAGGAACAACUGCUGGCUGUCGCUGCAGAGUGGCGCCAUCUGGGCCUUCGUGGCCCCCGCCCUGCUCGUCAUCGUGGUCAACGUGGGCAUCCUCGCCGCGGUGACCAGGGUCAUCUCGCAGAUCAGCGCCGACAACUACAAGGUGCACGGGGACCCCAGUGCCUUCAAGCUGACCGCCAAGGCCGUGGCCGUGCUGCUGCCCAUCCUGGGCACCUCGUGGGUCUUCGGCGUGCUGGCCGUCAACCACCAGACGGUGGCCUUCCAGUACAUCUUCGCCGUCCUCAACUCCCUGCAGGGCUUCUUCAUCUUCCUCUUCCACUGCCUCCUGAACUCAGAGGUGAGGGCCGCCCUCAAGCACAAGACCAAGGUCUGGUCCCUGAGCAGCAGCUGCGGCCGCAGCGCCCUCCCGAAGCCCUUCGGCUCCGACGUGAUGAACGGGACCCGGCCGGGCACAGCCUCCUCCAAGCUCAGCCCCUGGGACAAGAGCAGCCACUCGGCCCACCGCGUGGACCUGUCGCCUGUAUGAGCGGAGGCCCCGCUCGGCCCGCAGCCCGGCCCGCAGCCCGGCCCACAGCCCCGGCGGACCCCGGCCCGCGUC